AUGAUCGGCCGUCUCGCCGCCCAGCGUCUCCAUGAGAUCCGUCAAGCGUUCUGCCGAAUCCCUGAGGCUUCGAGAUCAUUUUCAACAGCUCUUAACUACCACAUUGAUUCUCCCGAUAAUAAUCCAGACCUUCCAUGGGAAUUCACGGAUACAAACAAAGUAAAGGUUAAGGAAAUAAUAUCUCACUAUCCGUCCAACUACAAACAAUCUGCCGUCAUUCCAUUACUGGAUCUUGCACAACAGCAACAUGGAGGGUGGCUUCCUGUUUCGGCAAUGAAUGCAGUUGCUAAGAUUAUUGAAGUUGCUCCAAUUCGUGUUUAUGAGGUUGCAACAUUCUAUUCAAUGUUUAACCGAACAAAGGUUGGCAAGUACCACCUUUUGGUAUGUGGUACAACACCCUGCAUGAUACGCGGUUCUAGAGAAAUUGAAGAUGCAUUGCUAGAACACCUUGGAGUAAAGCGCAAUGAAGUAACCAAGGAUGGCUUGUUUUCUGUUGGAGAAAUGGAAUGCAUGGGAUGUUGUGUAAAUGCUCCUAUGAUUACAGUAGCUGACUAUUCCAAUGGAUCUGAAGGAUAUUCCUAUAAUUAUUAUGAAGAUGUCACUCCGAAGCGAGUUUUGGAAAUUGUCGAGGCUCUGAGAAGAGGGGAAAAGCCUCCGCGGGGCACACAAAACCCAAAUCGUAUCAAUUCUGGACCAGAAGGUGGGAACACAACACUGUUAAGCGAGCCUAAGGCUCCUCCAUGCCGGGAUCUGGAUGCCUGCUGA